CACAAUACAUACUGGGCUAAUAUGCUAAGAUCUCAUGCUAGCUGGCUAGCCGUUUGUUUUUGAUUAAUAACGCUUAAUAAUGUAAAGUAAUCGGAAUAUAACUGUAUAAAUGUAUCUUGCUUUUUUACUUUCCAAAUAUAAAUCUGUUUGUCGUCGAAUUAACUUAAAUAUUAUUGUAUCGUGUGACGUUUUGCUUUAACCAGCUAACAUUAGACACAACUCCACUUUGGACGGCUAACGGUUUAGCACGUUAGCUUGUGAGGUAAAGCAGCCUGUGUGCUUGCUAGCAGCUGGACUCUGUGGCUUCGUUGCCGCAAUUAUAACGUUUAAAUCUGUGCAGCUUAUAUCAUUUAGUGACUACAUUUGCGUCUAAGAUCUACUGAAAUCUGCUUAGUCAGUUUUAUAAGUAUCACCUGAAUCAGUUUUCUGGCUUUAGCAAAAGGAAACUAGUCAAAGUUGAUUGAGUUUGAUCACUUUUUCUGCUAGUAAAAGGCUAAGCUAGCUAGCUACAACCGGGCUAGCUAGCUAGCUUGGCUAGCUUUUAAGCUAAAUGCUUCUUACGAGAAUGGACCUUUUGAGCCACCAAUUUAUGGAUAAAAUGAACAAUAACAUCGGAAGACUUCACUACGAUUCUUAUGAUGAUGAUUCUGGGGACUCCAGGAUGCACACACUGUCCUCUUCUACAGGAGACAGCAGGACAGGGACACCGAUCAGUCCGAUUAAAAGAAAGUUUGAUGAUGUAGAAGUGGGGAGCGGACAGGAGUAUGAAAAUGAACAAAUGGCCAAGAUGAGCUGCUUGCUUUCCUCUCACCUGGGAAAUCCGGUGGAUGGAGACACCAGGCCAGAACCUUGGACCCACUGCCACAACUUGUUUGAACAUGCUUCCUCUGCCAUCAGUGGGCUCCAUGCUGGUCAUCUGUAUUCUCCGUUCCACUUCUACGCCAUGGAGCAGCCGUUGGCUCUGACCAAAAACAGCACGGACGCGGCCAGGUCCUCUUUCCCUUCAUCACUCAGCUCCACAGAGCGACAGCAGAAUCGUCCCUCAGUGAUCACCUGUGCUCCAGCGAGUAACCGCUCAUGCAGCCUCUCAAACUGUCACAUGUCUCCAAAUGGCUUCUCCUCCGCCGUCAGUAACGCCAAGAGCAAAGCUAACGCCAACGCUGUGUGUGAUCCUGUGAUUGAGGAACACUUCCGCCGCAGUCUGGGGAACAUCUACAGAGAGCCGGAGGUGGCGUCUAACUCUGUGUCCAUCACCGGGUCAGUGGAUGAUCACUUCGCCCAGGCACUGGGAGACACCUGGUUACAGAUUAAAGCCAAGGGCAGUGGCUCCGGGAGUCCUGAGUCCACUUCAUAAAGUUCAUAGAACCUGUCUGAACCUUCUGGGUUGGUUUGUCCUGGUUAAACUCCUUUCACAUCAAGUCUGAGCUCAGAAAUGAUUAUUAUUAUUAUUAUUAUUAUUAUUAUUAUUAUUAGGUGUUUGGCUGAGCAGACUGUCUUCCAUGCCUGAAGAAUAAUUUUUAUUCUUAGGCUUUAGAUUGGAUCAGUAAUUUCUCUUUCAGAUCUUAGACCAUAAGGAUCACACAUAGGACCAUGUUGGAUUAUAAACAGAAACAGACACGGUUGUGUAGGAAUGAUGGCACUAAAUUAAAAGCAGCAGUAUGUAAUGUUUAAACCUUUUUACCUUGUAUACCACACAGGUCUGAUUUGUACUUCUGUCCAAAUAGAUUUUAUUAUAUUUUAUUUUAUUAUAAAUGAAAAAGGAAAAAGCUGUUUAAAUGUGACUCAGAACCAGAGCGUACAAUUAAACAGAACAAGUCAGGAAAACUAUACUGCGGUAAAACACUACAGUUUUUAUUUCUAAGCUGCCUUUAUUUUUGAGUACAGAAUACAGAUCAGGCACUAAAGAGACCAUUUGAUUAUUGUGUAAAUAAAUGGCUUGUGUUUCUCUCCAGCACUACAAUCAGUGUUACUCUGGAAUAAAAAGCCAGUUUGAUUCACUUCCUGCAGUGAGUCGAUACAGAGUCGAAUCACUUUCUCAGUGGAAUAGACUCGAUAGCAGAUUGUACUCCUGUCACUAAGACUCUCUGACCCCAGUGUGACCGCACAACUGUGUUGUCAUGUGGCUAAAGAGCACUGGAGAACACACCAGGCUGAAUAUUACAGAGCAGUAGAGUUUCCUGUACAGUGUUCUUAGUGUAACUCCACACUGCUCCUCUAGUGACAGGGGCUGAUAACACACACUACUUUCAGCAUUUCAUACACAUUCAAAUAUUUGCAGGACUAUAAAUCAGACUAAAAAUGGGGUGGGGCUUAUUCCUGAGCUGUGGAUGUGGGUGGAGCUAAAUGUGUAAACACAAACACGUACUAACAUUAUACUGUUUCCUACAGAAUACAGAGCUUUAACCUUUACAAAUACCUUUAAGACAUUUAGAGUGAAAGUUAUUACUGUGAUGAAGCUCAGAUCAUUACGUAUCGCCACCUGGUGGAUUCCUCAUGUUAUACUCGUGUCCUUAUAACAGGGUCUCAGUCCUGUGGUGUCAUUAUGCAGUGCCUUGUCUAGUGUGAUCCUGAUGCACCUACAGGAGGCUUUAAAAUCCACAUUAAAAGCAGAGAAACAGGACUUGGUGUGAAAGGUGAAACAGGAAGAUUUUUGAACAAUAGAUUGUUGUGAACAAAUAAUAGUCAUGGGGUUUGUUUUGAAAGGCAGCCAAAGAAGCUUUCUUCUGUUUUGAUACCUGUGCUGUAUUUUAUAACCGUCUCAAAUGUGCAGAUUUUUAGAUUUUAAACAAAAGACAAAACCCUACAAUCCAGGAGCAUCUUGCGGUUCUGUUAUCAGAGUUUUUCAUAAUUCUGCAUUUAUUCAUAAUCACACAGAUUCUCAACACAACACUAAGAUAUGCACAUCCUGGGCUUUGGGCCGAGGACACGUUUACCUUUUCAUGGCUAACACACACUCAUUAAUCCGACACACACGACCUGCGUCUAUUUUAUUCACGAUCUUUAGUCUGCUUAAAUAUGUACUUCAAAUAGCUGGUAUCUAUUACACAGACUUCUAUCUUUAUCCUGUUGGUUCUUAGUUUUAUUUUUUAAUCAGUAACAGUUAUAUAAAGUCCUGCUGCUGGAACAGUGUACUCAAUAUAUUUUUUUAACAAAUGUCUUUUAGAUACAACGGCAUCUCGCUUUGAAGCACAGCCUCUGGAAAGGCAUUUACAUGCAGUCUACACAGCGUUUAUAGAAUUAUUUCACUUCUACAGAUUUCUAACACCUUUCUACAGGACUAAGUGAGAUGAACAGCAGCUUUACUGCCCCGGUUCUUUAACACACCGCUCUGGUGUUCUACACUAAUGAUCAGGUUACUCAGUGACCAGAUUCUGGAACAGCCACGUGCUGAUAUCUAGUUUUAUUACAUUAUUAUAUGAUUACAGUAUUUUAAAAAAGUAUAUUUAACUGUUGUUGAAGUAAGUAAUAUUUUCUUCAUGUCCAGUUCUGCAAACUGAUUUCUGGAUUUACAAAAUCAACUACAAUAACAUUUUAAUACACACUAUUUGAGAAUUUUCAUCCAGACAUUUCACACAUUUUACUCAGCCCUCAAAAGUCUCACUCUUCUUACUCACCCGUAAAAACUGUAAUGAACUGAUCAACAUGAGAAUCUUGAUUGAUUGACAGUUAGGUAGUUGCCCCUCCUUCUUCCCUCCAUGUUGAGUCAGUCACAUGUUUGGGUCGGUGCUCUGGUCUGGACUCGUCGUUCACGCUUCAGUGAUGUUCUUUCUGUCACAGUAAAUGUUAAAUUUAAAAAUAGCCCCAUGUUUCAGACAGUUUACACAAAAAAAUGACACAGUCCUGCUUCUAACGGUCAGAUCUAACACUACAAAUGGCAGUAAAACGCAGCUGAACCCCACAUUACAGCAGGACGGGGCUUCAGUACUCUGGUGUAAAUCCUGACACAAACACUUCCUGUUUUAUUUCCACUUCAUUAAAGCUGCAAAAUUUACACUCAGUAAUGUUUAAAUAUGUAAAACAGAAACUGCAGCCAUGUUCAAAUGAAACUUCAUCAUGUUUACUGAUUAUCUGGACAUGUUGGGUUCCUCUCCCUGGUUCUGACUCCUAACUCUGUAUUCUCAUUUUUUGCGACAGUCAGUGAGUCUGAAAUCUCGAGUCUCUGUAAUCAGUCGUCAUGAAUAAACCCGAGCGAGAUUAAACGUUCUUAUCCUGAAGAAACUGUUAGGACGGCAGGACUAUAGCGGUAAAUCCGCAGUUUCCGUGGUAACCAUUUACGUUAAAGUCGUAUAGGGUUUAUGGUUUGUCAAAUCGGAUAACUGUCAAUGUUCCUGUGGGUUUCUACACAGAUCACACUUCAGGAUUUUAUUGUUUACAGUUACACACCAAUUUAAUAACAUUUAGUUAAACCCAUUUUCAGUAAAAAGAACAAAGCAAAUCUAAAAACAAAGCCAUAAUGAAGAUUAACAAAGUAAUGAUGCCAUAAAAAAGAUGUGGAACACUGAGAUGUUACUGGAAGAUUUCACACACAUCGUAUUAGGAGGCGCUCUUUCACCAUUUAGUUGCCAUGUUGUCGUUUUCAGCGCUGGGGGUUUUUUCCUUUUAUGGAGUUUUGUGGGUGUGGUUAAAUGUUAAUGCUGUGAAAGUGCUUAGUAAUUAACUCCUGACUGAGUGUUUAUCAGCAUACACACACACACACACACACACACACACACACACAGCAAUAUGAAGAACAUCUAAGUUACUGAUAUGUUUGUAAAUCAGGAGUGAAUUUAUUUUUUGAGAAACAUUUACACACAACGUUUACCGAGAAGCCGAGUGAAGUUUUUUCACGUUUCUGUGUAGUGUAGUAGAUUAUUGGCACAUGCUUACUGUUGAGCACCAGAACAAAAACACUAAAGGGCUUAUUUAAAAAAGAAAUAGAAAAUGGAAGAUAAUCUUUUAGAGCGAUGUUUCCCACAUGCCAAAGGAAAUAUUAAUUCCACCGAGGUUCCUUCUGUAGAAAAACACUCUGAAUUCUUAUGUAAUAAACAAUGACCAUCGUUACGCAGUGCGUGAUGAAUGACCAGCUUUUCUCUCUUGAUUUUUACUUAAAACUUCACAUUAUCUUUAUAUUUAAUAUCCAUUUCGCAUGCCUAUCUUUUAUUUUCUCUUUUUAUUUUCUUGAAAAAAGUUGAUCUUUUUUUUUUUUUUAGGUCAGUUGACUGGCAGAACAGUUUGAGGAAAAGUCUAAAUAUUAGCCAGAGUUUUGAGGAAGCUUCAGAGUCACGUGUGCGAUGAUGUCUGUGUGUUGUACGUGGUUAAAGCGUCCUCGCAUCGUAAGAGCUCUCAGAAUAAAUAGCGAGAAUAUUAUAGCUAGUUUAUAUGUAACUCUAUUUACUUAUUUGGCUGUUUUUUUCUUACAAUUGCUACUUUUAUAUGCAUCAAACCAGAAAAAAUAAAUAAAAAAAAUCUUGUAACAAA